GUGCUCCUAGCGGCAGAAAGGAGAGGCGCGACGAAGCAGCUGUGCUGGCUGUGCAGUGAGUUGGUUGAGUGGGGUCGCAGUUGAUGUUGUGUCAGGUUGUGGGUCAUGUUAUUCGGAUGGAUUGCUGCUCAAGCUUGGGAGUCAAGUGCAUGAUCGUGUGCUUUUAGGUGAUCAUUUCUACGACACCCAUUUAAACUGCCGAUGCUCCUCCAGUCUAUUUAGAGAGGCUGUUCUGCUCCUGGAUGGAAGAGUGGAAAUGACCUGAGUGCUGUGAUGGAUGUCACUCCUCUGAACAUCACUUCACCCACUCCAGCUGUUGUUGAGCCUGAGUACUUCUGCAAAUGGGUCCUGUACCAUGAGAUUCCUGGCUCUCGGGUGCGCAUGUGGGACCUGAGCAUCCUGGUGCCCAAUGUGCUCUUCCUGCUGUUCAUGGCACUGCGCUUCAACCGGGCACGGCUCAAGCUGCGUGCAACCAGUAGCCCCAUCUUCUACACUUUCUACAUCCUUGUGUCCCUGAAUGCUGUGAUGAGUGUAAUCCGGUGUGUCGUAUCCAUGACAGUCAAUGCAGCUGCUCCUGCAGGUGGCAUAGCUGACAAGCUGCUGUGGGUGGCGGUGCGCUUCUUCCUGCUCUCCACCGAGAUGAGUGUGCUCAUCUUUGGCCUGGCCUUUGGCCACCUGGACAGCCGCACCAGCAUCCAGCGAGUGCUCAUGGUCACCUCCUUUGUGGCAGAACUCUACUCGGGCACACAGGGUGUUUUGGAGUUGGUGCUGCCAGACCGGAAGUUUUAUGUGCCUGACAAGAACUUUGAGCUGUUUGGCCAUGGUGGCAUGCUCUUCUGGUUCAUCAGCUCAGUCAUCUUUGCUGUGGUGUACAUUGUUGUGUUCCUGCUGCCAUGGACUGGCCUGCGGGAACGCAUAGCCCUGCCAGCCAAGCAGAGCUUCUAUUGGUAUGCCCUGUUCCUCGCUGUGCUCAACCUGGCCCAGGCGACAGGCUCGGGUCUCUACUACUACGACAUCCGUGAAGGUGUCUGUGUGGUAGAUGUGACCAGCUACCUCUACUUCACCAUCUUCACCCCACUUGUCUACAAGACGUUCCUAGCAGACUUCUUCAGCAUCUCGCAGCCAAGCAUCAUGUUCUCGUACAAGGCCCAGACAGACGACCCCAUGGAAGAUGACAACGUCAGCUUGCCCCACCAGCUGUCCUGCUCGUCGCUCAAGACUGACUCUGACUACAUUUACCAGCAUGCCCCCCACUUUCUGUCCCUGUGAACCUGCACGAGGUGCCUGCCGUCUGGGAACAACUCACUCUAUGACAGCACCCACUUCGAUGCAGCCAAUGUGAACCCCUUGUACGCUCAGUCACUCCAGUCGCCAGAUAGUGUCAUUGACUACUGUGGUGCUGCAUCACAGCGGCCUACCUGUAGUGUUGCUCCAUCCCAGCAGCCACCUGCACGAUGAGAUGCCCUCUGGGAAGAGUCACUUCAUUGGAUGAUGGACCAGCUUUGGUGCUUCCAGCCACCAUGCCUCUAGUGUGCAGUGUGUCUGUGUUGCUGUAUGCACUUUAAAGGUUCUGCUAUGGUCUGAAAAGUUUGCAUACUUUGCUGGCACAUGGUAUGUCCAGAGAGAUCUAUUUCAAAAACAAUGUGCAUGGAUGUAUGCGAGCAGUGUAGGUCUCUUCGCUCCAAGACUGCAACAGGCUUGUUCUAUGAAAGGCCACUUUUACUGUCAGUGCAUUGUGUGGCUUCCGUCCUUUUACUACAAAAUGUCAGUCCAGCAAGGCCUAGCAGUUGUUGCAUGUGUUACUAUAACGGAGCAUAAUAGGAAUGAGAGUACAACAUGCCCUACACUGUGGUCAUAGCAGCAGCACUUUAGUCAACAUCUAGCCGUUAAUUAAGUGGCCUCAAACGAAGCAUGUCACUAGGAUAUUGGGCGCUACAAUCGCUGUGACAUGCAGGGUUGGAUCACAUGACCUCACCUCACUCUGGCAAAGGGAAGCUUACGGCUGAAUGCGUUGUUUUUAACCAUGAUUUUGUGGUGUUUUCCCUUUUGAAAAGCAUUGUUUUGCUCUCACUUCAUGUGUGCAGACUCUUAGAGCCUACACAAUCCGGAAAAAUGCAGUAAAAGUUAUCAGCGGCAUGGUACUUGUCUGCUUCGUGUUGAAGUGGAGCCAAGCCUGAGCUUUUACCCCGCUUUGGAACAGCAUGAUGCUGCUGUCUUCCUUUUAUUGUUAUUUCAAGCCCAUGGGCUUCAAAUAGACGCCAACCCUGAAUGUUCACAUAAAAGGAAGACGUUUCAGCUCCCGCACGGGAGCCUUGUUCACAACGAAAAAUGAAUGCGCAAACAGUCCGGUCAUGUAUAUUUUAAAAUAUGAUGUAGCAACAUGCGUACCGGUGUGAGACGUUGCCGCCAUUACGUUUAAGCGUGUGCGGCAUUGUCUGUAUUGUCAGAGAUUCAAGAUAAAGCAGAAAAGUCCAGUUCUUUUCCCCUUCCGUUAUUUCUGCCCUAUUGCCGCAGUCUAGCCAGUUGGUUCUGCAUGCUCGGCCUGCGUGUUCGAUGAAGCCUUCUUUCAUACAUCAUGCAUGCGCUGUUUUGAGUCUUUGCUGAAAGUUACCUGUCUGGCCAACUUAACUUCAACCACUGUCUGCCCCCCCCCCCUCCCCGGUGUCCAUUUUAAUUGUCCUCAUGUUUUUUCCCAACCACACGGGUUUCCAUCCGACCCUCUACUUCAGCCCACGGGGUCCCUUGCUUAUAGAUUAUGUCUGUGAGCCCAUAGCCAGUGUCACUUGUUCUUCUCUAUGUUGUUUUACGGCACAGGUGAAAACGUGACCAGCUUCAAACACUGAUUCACCUUCUAACAGCUGCAGCUAAACGUCAUAUUGCUUAUCGAUGAAGCUGUAAAGGCUGGACGCUGGUAUUUUCACUGAAACAUAAAAUUGCCAUUUGGACCAUGGUAAGCCACACCUUGCCGCAUGCUCAUUUGAGUGCAGCAAAAGGGAGAGUUGGGCUAGUUGGUUUGCGUUCAUAUUGAAACAGCGCAAAGGACGUAGGACAAGUGCACAAAGUAAUACGGCCGGCUGGCACACAGUGCAUUUGCUAUCGCAGUCGAGCCCGAUCAGUACCGUAUUUUUCGAUCACGAUCGGCUCUUUUGUAGAAGCUGGAGAACUGAGUCAACCAUCAAAAACUUUCAUCCCUAUGUGGCUAGAUGGCGAUCGAAAGUGCACCCUGUGACAGCCGUAGAAAAUUUGCACAGUGAGGAGCAACAGGCAAUAUUAAGAUCGUGCCGCAGAGAAACUUGUGCUCAUGUGAAAUGUUAUCUAGCUACAACUCCAAAUGAGGCACACGCGUGCGUAUGACUGUCUUGAGCUUGCCUCCAAUCAUUUCAGAAAGGUUGCAGCUGCAUGCAGCUCUAAGAAUGCUUGGUUGCUUCCCACAAAAUGGAAAAUCUGCUUGCGCUUCAUAGAGUACACUUUAUCGCGCUGACAAUGGACGAAAGCUACGUAGAAGGAACGACAUGGGACAACACGAGCGCGGACUAUCAACUUUUACAGAAUCAUGACAAAAUAUAUAUACACUAAGAAAGGGGCAGAGACAACAGACCAAAAAAAAAAAGAAUAAAUACUCACACAUGCGCAAGCUACACAUCAAGAGAGGAGCCAUCCUCAAUCCAGCGCCCACGUGUCUCGCGGUCUAUCUGCUUCCUUGUCCUGAACGAAUGACACUUCCGCUUCUGUUAGUGAUAGUGAAGGAGCGCUAACACAGAAAUCUCCGCCGGCGCGAUGCAUUGCGAAGGCUUCGAUAAUUUCCCUUUCUUUUGAGUUAUUACAUCGUGAUACAAUGGUGGUGUUAUCAAAUUUCGGAUGACAUUGACACCAGUUGCAAUGAGUAGCCAUGUUAUGCUCGCGCAGUUGUGUGUUGAUGCACCUUCCGGUUUGUCCAAUAUAUUUCCUUCCGCAAGAAAGGGGUACAAAAUAAACAACUUCUUUUUCGCAUUCAUUGAACUUGUCCGAAUGGCUAACACUGCAGAAUUUGCUAGAUCGCUGUUGGUUGUUGUUGACCUUAUGACAUAGUGAUAUUAACUUGUUAGGCGCCUUGAAAACCAUGGGUAUGCCGAACCUAAUAGCGAUUUUUUUUAGUCCAUGGGAAACGUUGUGAAUGUAUGGCAACACAAUAGGCCGUUCUUUUGAUUUUUCUUUUGAUUCGUCUAUCUUAUCACUAGUCCUGAAUCCCUUUAAUAGCUUCUCAGCCAAGGAUGCUAUCAGGGCAUCUGGGUAAUUACUUUUUCUUAAUCGGUCCACUUGGUUCAUCAGGCUUCUAGCUACGGCAUGCACGCACGAUUUUUGGCAACUAUUCAGCAUACAGGCAUACGCAACGCUCCUUUUUACCAAUUUCGAAUGUCCGGAACCAAAGUUCAAAAUGCCUUUAUCACCCCUUACUGCCGUUCACUCUCAAAAAGCAUGACAUCUAGAAAUUUUAUUCCUCCACUAUUUGGUAGCUCGUAAGUGAAUCCUAAACACCUGGAAAUGACAUUUUAAAUACAGAGAUGAUUUCCUCUGCAAUUACAGAGGUGCUCGUUGUAAAAGGAACACACAGUAAAAAAUCGUCAAUGUAGCGGAAGCAUGCAACCACAUUGUACCCGUCCAGAUUAGCCUGCAGCUUCCGGUCUCCCUUUGCCAUGAACAGGUUCGACAGGACCGGUGCCCUCUACGUUCCUUCUAUGUAGCUUUCAUCUAUUGUCAGCACGAUAAAGUGUACACUAUGAAAAACCAACUGGCCCUUACCCUGGCUCUUCUAGCUUCAUAGAGAUGUGUGUGCUAAACAGGAACGUAAAUUUGCCAUGCUUGUCAUGUCAACCAUAGCCAGUUUUAGAUACAAACCUAAAAUGAAUGAAGUUGCACAGUCGCACGCAUUUCUUGGAGCAGAAAUGUGUAAUUGCUGCAAGCAUGCGCUAAAGCUCGUUUGGUGCUUCAAUUCGACACAAAAUGGUUUGCUAUCUUUUACAAAAGCAGCACACUCGGCCCCCGUGGCUUCCAUAUCGGUGACCGUAGCAGACGACAUCGGCAGUCAGGGCGUUGUCUAAGGCAUUAUGAGGAGCAUAACAUUCUUUCGGAGCACUUAUUUAGCAUUUCAUACAGUCAGUGAGGAAGCUGCUGCAGUAUUUUACUGAUUUUGUCGAAGUGAAGUGCGACAAAAAUAAUAAAACAGGAGGCACGAAAGUGGCUGUGCGGGAGAGGGCUGGCGGAACAGUCCAACCUUUCAUGUCACAGGGAUGCCUCCGCAUGGUGGUGCCAUGGUAUGACCUUGCGCUCAGUAGGUUUUCACAUGUGUACACAAGUACGUCUGCAUGUGCAGAACUUUCUUAUACUCUCGUAAUGGCUGCACCUGUGUAAAAAGCCGCACCCAGAACUUUGUUGAAAAAUUACCCCAAAAUACAUAUCUAAAAAUUUUCCAUGUAUUAGCCGCUCCCUUGAUUUUUGAGAAGGUUAGCAGUGUUAUUCGUUGUGUGCUGCAAGAAUUUGGGACAUCUUCUAAAACACCCGGCCAGAUGUGUUCGAUGCAGGUGAGUGAAAACUUUAUUCAAGAUGCCCGGUGGUAUUGGGCGGGAAGGGGCCACAUGCACUCUCACCUAGGUGACGGCCGUGAGUCCUUGGACAGGGGUAGCCCACAAUUCAAAAUCGAUGAAACGUGUGCACUGCUCCCAAGACGGAAAAAGAAAUGCAGAGAGGCGCGUUUUUCAAGGCAAGCACAGCAUGCUGUCGAACAUAGAAGGCUCACCUCUGCACAACGUAACAAAGACUGUUCAUAAGGAGAUGCUGCGCAUGAAAGUGCUUGUCAUUGCACAAGAGAAAUGCAUGCCGCUCAGAGCGUUUAAAGCCAGCAAUGAAUGGAUCCGGUGCUUAAUGGAGUGAAAGAACCUGCCUUGAAACAAGGGGGGGGGACGUCUGUUUAUUUCUUCUUUCUUUGUUCGCUUCUCCCAGUGCACGCUAGUAUUGCAGUUAAAUAAAGGCAAGUACCACUGGAAAUGUAUCCGAAAAAUGUGGUGUCUAUUUUUCUGUGUAAUAGCCGCACCUGCGAUUUUCAAACCGAAUCUCGGGGAAAAACCUGCGGCCAUUACACAAGUAUAUACGGUAUUUAUACUUAAAAUUGGUUGGGAACUUUACCUCCAUAUCUUGCACUUGGCAUUUCGCACAGGGCCUCAAGUAUUGGCUUUAGUCGCCUAAACCAGAAUACAGUCUCUGGGGGCAUCGGAUUCAAACAAAUCAAUGCUGGCUUACAAAACUCUUUAAACUGCACUUUGCAUAGCAGCUUUAGAUUGUCAUAUAAUCAUUUGUUUUUGGCAACCCACUGCUGCCCCACUGUGAUCCCUGGGCAUUCUUCUCAAAGAAUACCUAUGAACGUUACAUGGGCUGCAAGCACUCUAUUUCAAGGAACUUCUGGCGAGAUAUCAUUCUCGUAAGGAGUGCUUAUGUAGUACGUAUGCUGACUCUGAGUGCUUUUAGUAUGAGUGCAAUAUCCUAGCUGAAAUCAUUGUUGGAUGUCUUGACGGUUCAUUCAUCGACCAUCUUUUCAUAUAACUUCAAGUUUAAUAGGGUAUUAUUGUAUUUUUAUGAGUAAAUAUAUGUAAUACACAAGAAAGUGAAAACUCCCAAGGGGGACCUCCUGGUGAUGUGUGUGCAAAUAAAUGUAGAUGAAUAAAACAGCGCUUAAGACGGGACGAGAUGAAGACACGGACGAGUCUCCAAUUUCGCCCCAUAUUAAGCGCUGUUUUAUUCUUCAUCUACUAUGCACCAACCAGCCCAGUCAAGCACACUUCUCUCAAGUGCUGCUUUUAAAAAACUUAAGUUAGCAAUGUGACCAAUAUGAUACUUUCAACAUUGCUAGUCAUGUUUCAUCAGCGUUAUCAGCCAAAUGGUGUACUGUUACAUUGCACAAUAUUUUAUGCCCUGUUUCUUGAGCAUAAAAUUUACUCUGACAGGACAUGUUGGGGCCCUGGUCUUGUGGGCACUAAAAGGAUGCUAGGUUGUACAGGGCAUCUAAUCUGGUCUGAACAAAUCUUAGCACUGCAUUCACCAUUGUAAGUAGGAUGACUUGGAAAUCAGGCAUGUGUAAUGCAGAGGGAGAUCAAAGCUGCUGUUCCAAGCUCAUUGACAUAUUCUCAUAACAUCACAAUGAACACAGCUACAUGCGUCUUUUGCUGAAGGCUCUGGGAAAAACAAAAUUUCAUGCUUACUGUUGCUCUGUCAUUGCUCAAACUUAACAGAAAGCUAUUUUUUUCAUAUCUUCCAUUGCAACACUCGGCACAGUUGCUUGUCUAGCUUUUAAGAAGGAAAUGUUGACUUGCAUGUGUUAGUGAAAAAAGCCAGCUUUUGCCUACUGGGCAACCCUCUCUUAGUGGUUGUUUGCAUAGCUGUCUCCAAAUAUGCACAAGUGCUCUUUGUAGCAAAUGAUUGUUCCGUAAACAAUCAAGUUUACUUUUUUCUUUAACUGUUCCGCGUGUUACAUUGAAACAUAUUGACUGCAGCAUGCCAGCGUCUUGUGAAAUUUGAGAAAGAACAGGGCAGCAGUAUGUACAAAAUCUUCUUUUCACAAUCUUCAGUGAGAUGUAUGUAUGUACAACUAGCCCUAAUUUCAGUUCUGCAUGUGCAGGUGACAUAUAAGGUGGGAUACUAUGUCACCAAUGUGAUGUACUAUAAACAGCAUCGACAGUCUGUUUGCAGGCCAUGGUGGCAUUUCGUUGUAUGUUUGUCUAUUGUAUUGGUGAUGCCAUCUCUUGUAGUUCAGAGCCUCAUGUGUAACACAUUUUCUACCAAUUAUGUGGGUCAACAUUCCAUGCAAAAAUGUGUGAUCAUGUAAGCAGCAUAGCUGAGUUGUUCUACAUUGCUUAGUUAGCUUCUUUUGUGGCACAGUUCACUUAUUACGUUCGUAUCACUGUGACAUAGAAGCAUGCUAUACUAAAGGGACACACAAAGUCGGCCUCUACUGCUUGCAGAAAAUAAAGGCUUUAAGCAGUG